CGUAUGCUUGCAUCGCGGCUGCAGCGCGCGAUGUGGCUGCGCUGUCGGACCAAGCGGGGUGAUCACAGAGGAUUAGGAGGCUGCCGCCUGUUUUGUGCUUUGGAUCUGCGUACGCGGCAGCCGAGGUGCUGCCGUUGCCUGCAAGGGAUUCCUACAUGGCUGGGUUGAUGUUGCUAGCCGUUAUGUCGCAGUCGCAGACAUCUUUCGUAACGCGAAGCUGGUCUGCCAACGGGCCUGGUACCUGAAGCGCCUCCUUGGGGAUCCUGCCACCUUCCAUUCUGUGUGCAUGACCAGGAUCGGCUUAGACAUCGCUGAGACAGAAGUGCUUCUUCUUCUUCUUCUUUGGUGAUCACUCGUAGCCAAGUUGACAGUAAAGAUGUGAAGUGGCAUGGAACGGCCGCCUAUUGCCGCCCUAUGCCUGGCGUUGUGUUUGGCGAUCCUGGCUCUUGCAAAACCUCCCGAGGCGUCUCUUUGCCAGAUCUCCCGCAAGGCGGCCACUUGCCGAGGUCAGAACCUGCUCCGAGUCCCUGGGGAUCUCCCCGGCACCCUGGAGUUGUUGGACCUAUCUUACAACAAGAUUCAGCAGGUCACCCGUGGGGAUUUUUCCACCUUGACCCAGCUGAAAAGCCUGAAUCUGGAUUUCAACAACAUCAUGUCUAUUGCGGACGAUUCCUUCGCCUCCAACGUCCUCUUGGAGCAGCUCAGACUCUUCAACAACUCGCUGACGGAGAUCCCGUCUCAGGCGCUGAAACCGCUGAGGAAUCUGAAGGUGCUGGAAAUGUCUAACAACUUUUAUCCCCGCUCGAAGCUGGACGGCGUGUUUGGCACUUUGAAAAACCUCGAAACCCUCUCCAUGGGGGGCCCUGCUGUCCACAUGGUAGGAAGCCAGGACUUCCUUCCUCUGAAAGACACCCCCUUGAAUAAGUUUGCCCUGAAAACGGCAGCCAGUUUGCAGGAGUAUCAAGAGGGGGCCUUUUCCAAACUCAAUACCACCGACUUGUGGUGUGACAUAUCACUGGAUAGACACACGGAGGUCUUGCCACUGCUGCUGCGGGACUUGAGGGGAAGGCCUCUGCGAUACCUCCAUUUCCGUAACCUCUUUGAGUUCACGUACUACACAGGCUCUACGGACCUCUUCCACGACUUGGCUGCGGUGGAGGCCACAGAGCUGGUCUUCCGCCGGGGGAAAUUCAACGAGAACUUGCUGCGUCUGAUCCUGCUGAACGUCCGGAGGUCUCGCGUGCAAGACCUGUCCUUCAUAGCUAUCGAUUUUGCACGGUCGCCCAAGUGGAAGGCGCCGGAAGCUGGCAUGUCCAACCUCACCCUGCGCCGGUUGGUUCUGGCGGACAUCAGCAACCCGGACGUCCUGCGUUUCGACUGGACCUUCACGUGGUUUGCGGGCGUGACGUACCUCUCCAUCAUCAACGUCAACUUCAACAUGGUGCCCUGUGACGCCUGGAAGGAGAUGAGGAACGUGGUGGCUUUGAACGUCUCCAACAACCGCUUGCAAGAUGGCUACGUCUACAACGAGGCCUGCCAGUUCCAGGGCACUCUGCCCAAGCUGGAACAUCUUGACCUCAGCUACAACUUAUUAGUCCACCUGAGCACACUGGCCAAGUUGACCUCCAGCUGGUCCCGACUCGCCAAACUCGAUCUGACCCACAAUCACAUUGGGGGCUCAGGUCGGUCCCCCUGUACAUGGACUCCCAGUCUCAUUUGGCUGGCCUUGUCUUACAACGCGGUUACCACGGAGAUCUUUCAGUGUCUCCCCACUACUUUGCACUUUCUGGACUUAUCGUACUCCCAGCUGGAACGGCUCGAUAUGGGCUACUUUGAGGUCGCUGUUGACCUCCAGGAGCUGCUGCUGAGUGGGAACAAGAUCAAAUUUAUCCCUACCGAGUGGAGAUGCCCGAACCUGAGGCUCCUGAAGAUGGACGGCAACUCUUUCGGCGUCAUCAGCAAAGGUUCCUUUGUCAACAUGCCCCGUCUUGCCCAACUGAAAGCGGGCAACAACCCUUACCACUGCAUCUGUGAUCUCUAUGGCUUUGUUCAAGAGACACUGAGGAAUGGGAAACUCAGGCUUCUGGACUGGCCGACUGGCUGGACCUGUUACCACCCUGAAUUCUUGCUGGACACUGCGGUGGCUGCUUACACCCCGAGGGUGACUGAGUGUGACGUCACAGUGGUGGUGGCCAUUGCGGUCUCCAUCACAGCCGCGGUGCUGAUCGCCUGCAUGGUUCUGUGCUGGAGGUUUGAUGUUCCGUGGUAUCUCAGGGCCACGUUCCAGAUCGUCCGCUCCAAGUACCGAGCCAGCCGCUCCCAGCUGUCGCGGCAGUUUGCCUACCACGCCUUCAUUUCCUACAGCUGCUCCGAUGCCGAAUGGGUGAGGCGAGAGCUCCUGCAGAGGCUGGAGGCUUCCUGCCCGCCGUACCGCGUCUGCAUCCACGAGCGCGACUUCACGCCGGGGCGCUGGAUUAUCGACAACAUCAUCGACAACAUGGAGAACAGCCGCAAGGUCAUCUUCGUCCUCUCUCGCAGCUUUGUCGACAGCGACUGGUGCAAUUACGAGCUCUACUUCGCCCACCAGCGGGCCGUGGGCCUGAGCUUCGAGGACGUCGUGCUGGUGGUGAAGGAAGCCAUUGACCUGCAGGCGUUGCCCAACAAAUUCUGCAGGUUACGGAAGAUGCUGAGCAUGAAGACUUACCUGGAGUGGCCUUUAGAUCACAGCCGGCAGGCCUUCUUCUGGGUCCAGUUGACAUCUGUCCUGGGUAAAGCCGAGGCGGUCAACUCAGACCCAAGCAAUGACCCAACUGAUGUGAAUGGGAUGGUUGACAUUCCUCUUGAGGUGGGUCCUAUAGCUGAAGAAAACUGUGUUGGACGGAGCUGAGUUAGACAAGGAUUAAUACAAGCCAAGGCUCAACCACUAGACUUAUUGUUCAGUCAUCUAUGUCUGACUUAGAAGUCUUGGGGUCAAUCCAAUAAGAUGCUCCAGGUGUGGAAGUGGGGGGGGGAAAGUGUUGGAGCCUAGGAAUUGGGCUUCCUCUUGGUCGAACUAGCUACCACUGACUGGCUUUCCUGGCAGAGAGGGAGCUGCUUUACUCAUUAAAAGGUAAAGGGGCCCCUGACCAUCAGGUCCAGUCGUGUCCGACUCUGGGGUUGCGGCGCUCAUCUCGCUCUAUAGGCCGAGGGAGCCGGCGUUUGUCCGCAGACAGCUUCCGGGUCAUGUGGCCAGCAUAACAAAGCUGCUUCUGGCGAGCCAGAGCAGCUCACGGAAACGCCGUUUAACUUCCCGCCAGAGCGGUCCCUAUUUAUCUACUUGCAUUUUGAUGUGCUUUCGAACUGCUAGGUGGGCAGAAGCUGGGACCGAGCAACGGGAGCUCACCCCGUCACAGGGAUUCAAACCUCCGACCUUCUGAUCAGCAAGCCCUAGGCUCUGUGGUUUAACCCACAGCACUCAUUGCCUGCAAGUAAACCAAGAUCUUUUUAAGUGGCGAUGCGAAGGACUGAACCA